AUGGAAGACAAACCAGUGCAUAUUAUUCGAGAGUCAUCUCGAAAUAUUUUGCAAUUAAAUAGACAAAUUCACAGAGAAGAACAGAGUGAUCUUUGUAGAAGUAUAAACACAACAAGAGUAACAAAAGAAACUGUUUUGAGGAUAGUUAAUAUAUUGAAAACCAAGUCAAUAACAUCGAAAGAAUUACAUAUUCUUAAAAAUGCCAUAUUAAAUGAACCAGAUUUUAUUGCAGCAGUUCUCAGUAACCCAGGUUCCUUGAAAGGUCUAGUACGCGAAAUAUCAGGUACCGAUGUAAAUAAGCAAACAGCUGCAGCAGGUUGCUGUUGUAAUUUAGCCCUGGGUGAUAAUAAAGCUUGUACAGCCAUUGCAAAAGCAGCUGGAUCCUAUCUUGUUACUUCGCUUGACAAUCUUACCACAGACAUAGCUGUGACAUGUGCUUGGACAUUGGGCAACAUUGCAGGCUCAGGGGCGAAGGCCUGUGAUACUCUAGUGUCUCAAGGUGCGCUUGCAAAGUUAACAGGAAUGCUCUCGGGCCAACAGGAAGAAGUCGUCGACGCUGCAUUGUAUGCGGUAACACAUUUCGCUUACCAAAUGAAAGAUGAAUUGAGCAAAGAGCACGUGGAGAAAUUGAUAAAGACAUUACUGAAAAUGAAUUUAACUAUGGCUGCAUCUCGACUUCUCUUCGUUUUGUCGUGCCAUAAUGAUUUCGACUUAUCUCCAGAAGAAUUAUUAAUUGUACUACAGUAUCUAUCAGUAUGUAUACAGAAACAUUGCAAAGAGUGUUCAGAACCUGAUAUAUGUUGUGAACUAGUUUAUCUUAUAAGAACUUUAGCUAAUUCUGAUGUUGAUAAAACGGGUGCGAUGAUAUCAAACUAUUUCAAUACAAAUUUAAGUUUAGAAUAUUUUAAAACUGUUAUUCGAUCGAACAAUGUUAUUGUUGUAGAAUCAUUAACUUGGUUGUUAGGUAAUCUUUAUAAUUUUUGUGGUGAUAGUGGCUUUAUAGGUUUAGUUUUUGAUUAA